AUGUACAUUUUGGAAGAAUUUAAGGGCGGAUGGGGAAAGAUUAUCCGGCCAGGGGAGUGCACUCUAGCUGCGCUUACUUGUGACUGCGUUUCAACAACACCAUCUCUGCCCGGCUUUCCUCAGUACUGCUUUUUUGUUCAGGAUAAUGAACCAAAGGAAACAUUGGUUGUGUACAAUGGUACAAAUGCAAGCGCAUUUUUAUUGUCCAUUAUCAGCCAGGGCCUUCGUGGAGAUGCUCGCAAACGCCUGACUCUUUUACCAACUGUAAUGGUGUUUUUUACGGAAACAGACAAAUUCGUCAUUGAUUCACUGAAAGCACAAGCAGAGCGUCAUGUCGAACACAUCCCUGGUCCGUGGAUUUUUGUUCACAUUGCAGCAGUUUUCGAUGCGCAUAUUGCUGAUCCACGAACGUCCCGUGACGUUUGUGGUAUUAAUAAAGUAACUCUUUGCACUGGUUGCUGCUAUUCGGCAGAGUUAAGCUGGCUGGUUUUCUGUAUCCGUACACUUUCAGACCCAGGACUGUGCUAUUCGGCCACUUGCUUUGGCAGUGCAGUUGUGCCUGCACUUACUCUCAGCUCCCUUUCUAAACAGCCAUUUGCAGAAAGUUUUCUGGAGGCUCCCCAGCUAAUGAUACUUUCAAGUGCUUAUAAGUUGAAAUACGGUUUUUGCAUAAUUAGCGCAAGAGGGAGCGGAUCUUGGCCAAUUUUACGUGUUUUUUGA